UUUAAAGGAGCAGCACGGCAGACAGUCAGUUGAAUCUUCAAGAUAAAUAAGAGAGCGGGCAAUUUUUAGUUAAAACCACUCACAAUGUCAACAGCAGGUCAGGUCAUCCAAUGCAAAGCAGCUGUUGCAUGGGAGCCCGGGAAGCCUCUCUCCAUUGAGGAUGUGGAGGUGGCACCACCUAAAGUCCAUGAAGUGCGCAUCAAGAUAGUUGCCACAGGCGUGUGCCACACAGACCUGGCAUACCUGUACGAAGCUGGAAUAGGGAUGACGUUCAGACCAUUCCCAUUGGUUCUCGGCCACGAAGCAGCCGGGAUAGUGGAGAGCAUCGGUCCUGAAGUCACCAAAUUCUCACCAGGCGACAAAGUUAUUCCUCUUUUUCUGCCACAAUGUGGGGAAUGUGAACGGUGUCGCAGUCCUAAAACCAAUCAUUGCAGGAAGAACUGGGCAAAUACACAAGUGGGUGUAUUGGCUGAUGGCACAAGCAGGAUAUCCUGCAAGGGGCAGCAGGUGUACCAGUUCCUUGGCGUCAGUUCUUUCUCCCAGUACACUGUCGUUCCCGAUACCUCACUUGCAAAGAUAAGAAGCGAUGCACCGCUACACAAAGUGUGUCUACUAGGCUGUGGUGUCUCCACUGGUUAUGGUGCUGCUAUUAAUACAGGCAAGGUUGAAAAAGGUUCCUCAUGUGCCGUGUUUGGGCUCGGAGCUGUCGGACUGGCAGCUGUCAUGGGCUGCAAGGUUGCCGGGGCAACCAGGAUCAUUGGUGUGGACAUCAACUCUGCGAAGUUUGAGAAAGCCAAGGAGUUUGGUGCCACUGAAUGUGUCAACCCCACAAAAUUCAGCAAGCCCAUUCAGGAGGUUCUGGUGGAGAUGACAGAGGGAGGCGUGGACUACGCUCUGGAGUGUGUUGGAAGUCCAGGUGUUAUGAGUGCUGCGUUUGAGUCUACAAUAGAUGCCUGGGGCACCUGUGUCAUUGUUGGGUGGACGGAGACGGAAGCAAUGAGCAUUGUGGUUGAAAAGAUCCUUAUGGGACGCACCUUGAAGGGGACUUAUUUUGGAGGUUGGAAGAGUGUGGAGGAUGUGCCUAAGCGUGACGACUACAUGAAAAAGCUGAAGCUGGAUGAGUUAUCACCAACACCUCCCUGGGAUCAAAUCAAUGUGCCUUUAAAGAUAUAACAGUGGUAACG